CAUUCCUUUCUGUUCCAUUCUUUUUCAUUCCAUUCCAUUCUGUUCCUUUCCAUUUCAUUCCUUUCUGUUCUGUUCCAUUUUAUUCCGUUCUUUUCCAUUCCUUUCUGUUCUGUUCUUUUCCUUUCCAUUCCAUUCCGUUGCUUUUCAUUCCAUUCCUUUUCAUUCUGUUCCAUUCCUUUCUUUUCUUUCCCUUCCUUUCUUUCGAUUUGAUUCCUUUUCUUCCCAUUCCUUUUCUAUUGUCCAUUCAUUUCCUCUCCUCUUUUUCUUUUCUCCUCUCCUUUCCUUUUUCCUUUCUCCCCUCCUUUUUCCUUUUUCUUCUCUCCUUUUUCCUUUCCUUCACCAAGUACCCUUGGCACACUCAUUCCCUAUUGAGUUUGAGAGGCAGACCUGGGUUUAUCCAAUGUCUGGACUAGCUGGUCCUUUAGCCUUGAACUACUGCCUUCUUCUUUGGCCUCAGUUUCCCCCAUUUUAUACAAUUCUCACUGAGACUGUGAUUCUAGGCAAGCUGGGUUUGCCUUCCAUUCAUUGGACCCUUCUCCCAGGAAGAUCUUGGUCUUUAUUUAAAAGUUGAAGGUUCGAACAAGCCCCAGCAGGGCUUCUUUGUUAGUUUCUGCAUGGGCAGUUGACCACAGGGAACAGAGAAACAGGAUGUGGUUGCCCAGGCAUCCUAGUACGGGGGUCUUGGCAUGUGGUAAGCAGGACACAGCUUCCCGCUCGGCUCGGUGCAGGAAGUUUGGGGUCCUGCUGGACGUUUCAAAAUCUGGGGCCUCUACAGACUCUUGGUAGUUUCAAAGUCUUGUUAAUCCCAACCAGUGGUUGGAGAGCACUCUUCCCUGGGAGGAGACAGGCGUUAUCUCAUUUGGUAAAUAUCUUGCCAUCCCCCUUCUCUGACCACCCAGGUCCCUGAUGCUGUGCGGUUCCAUCUGCUUUGAGGACAGUAAAGCCCCUUCCUUAGAGAAAUGGCCUCUUGGCGGUUCUUACUGAUCAAACCUGCAACUCCACUGCAGGGUGGGGGGGGCAGGCCUAUGCCUGGAGUGUGUAGCCUCCGGUUUGCCUCUUCCUUUGGCCUGCUGACCUGCCCUGCCUGGGCUCCCUGCACCCCACUGACCUGCCCCCCCCCCCUGCAGGCGGCCACCUCUGGCGCCCAUCACUCUCUCCCCUCCCCUGACCCCCGUCCUCCAUGGCUGAGGACUGGCUGGAUUGCCCCGUGUUGGGCCCGGGCUGGAAGCGCCGUGAAUCCUUCCGGAAAUCCGGAGCUACCUGCGGUCGUUCAGACACCUAUUACCAGAGCCCUACGGGAGAGCGGAUUCGGAGUAAGGUUGAGCUGAGGCGCUUCUUGGGCCCUGACUGUGACCUUAGCCGCUUUGACUUCAAACGGGGUGUCCUCCAGUAUUUGCCCGCCAAGGGAGCUUCUCAAAAGAAAAAGAAGAAGAAGAAGAAGAGGAAGAAGAAGAGACGAGUUUGGCCCAAGAAGAAAGAACCGUCCCUCAAAGAGAAGCAGUCUCUGGGGUCAACCCCCAGAUUCUGCCAGCCUCCCCCCCUGGCCACUCUGGCUAUAACCUGUGAAAACUGUGGCGCCAGCAUCUCAGGGGACGACGCUCGGCGCCAGCGGCUCCGGACUCUAUGUCAAGGCUGCCGAGCCCGGAGGAAUGCCUUCAACCGGGAGCAGAGGAUGUUCAAGCGAGUAGGCUGUGGUGAGUGCAAGGCCUGCCAGCUGACUGUGGAUUGUGGCACGUGCCCCGACUGCACCAUGCGGGUUUCCCGGCCUGGUGCCUCCCAGCUCCCUGGAAGCCAGUGUGCCCAGCGCCGCUGCCUCAAGAUUGUGAAGAAAAGUUUUGGCUGCGGUGUCUGUUCUGGCUGUAAAGUCAAGGAGGACUGUGGGAUCUGCUGCAUUUGUGAGCGCCGGGGGAAACCAGACCUCAAGAGGCAAUGGAAAUGCCUUCAGCGGCGCUGCCUCAAGAAGCGCAUCAAGAAGAAACCCCGAGGAUUGGCCACCAGGAAGCUCCCGGGCAGACGUCCCCGAGUCCUGAUGCCGCCGCCCCCCCCUCAAGCCUACGGCCCUUUCAGCACUACUAAGCACUACUCUAGUCACCGGCAGAGCCGCAAAUGUGGGGUGUGUGCGGCAUGCCGGCGCCGCGUGGACUGUGGCCAGUGCGACUUCUGCCAGGACAAGCCCAAAUUUGGGGGCUGUAACCAGAAGCGCCAGAAGUGCCGAUGGAGGCAGUGCCUGCAGUUUGCCAUGAAACAUCUGCUGCCUACAGCCAGGUGGGACAGCCCUGCUGUAGAGGGGGCAGCUCUGCCUCUGUGCCGGCCACGCCGUAGGAAGGGUGCCUUGGUUAAGCGGGCCAAAUCUGGGGGCCUCCAGGGCCAGAGGCUGGUCACUGAGGCCCUCAGCAGUGGGCUUGAGAAGGGGGUUCCUGUGAUGAUGGAGGAGUUUGAUCCUGGCUUUGCAGUGCCCCCGGGGACCGACCUCGUCAUCCUACAGGAGCAGGAGGGGCGUGAGAGCGUCCCUGUACUCGUGCCCGGUACCAAGCCACGAGGCUCCAGGUUCUCCACUCCCAGCUGCAUCGUCAUAGAGGAGUUUGCGUGUCCAAAUUUUGGGGUGUUCGUCUCAACCCCCCCGAUAAAGCAGGAGGUUGAGAGUUAUGGGGACCAAGCUUUUGGACCUGUCUUUCCUCCCCCUUCAGACUUCUCUCCUGGCCUCCCCGUUACCUUGGAUGUUGAUAGGGCUCAGCUACCACUUUCUGUGAAACAAGAGGAAACCUGGGGCGAGGAAGAGGAAGAAGAGGAGGAGGAGGAGGAGGAAGAGGAGGAGGAGGAUGCAAAAGCAGACACUCCUGUGAUCAUGGAGAUUUAUAGCCUGAGUGGAGCCGCCCCGACAAGAGCUGGGUCCUGUGGUGUCCUGGACAGUGUCCUCCAGGAGUUUCUAGCAGAGCUGAAUGAGCUGCCCUUGCCUGCCCAUUGGGAGGUCCUGCCACCAAGGGGGCCUGACCUGUGCAUCACCCAGCGUUCCCCCUUGUCUACCAUGGCCUCUGCCGUUAUCCAUAUCCAGCCAGGCCUUUACUUUCACGUAGUGGUACAAGAUGUCCCUGUUCCGGCCAACCAUGAGCUCUAUACAGCUCACCCAUUGCGGCUCACCACUGUGGAUGAGGUGGUAGAGCUCAUCUGCAACCUGGAGGCCUACCAUGUGUGCCCUGGCUUCCCUGGCAUUGAGAGGCAGGGCUCCCGUUCUCCAGACUGUGAUGUCCUAGUGUAUGAGGGGCGCUGCCAGGCCUGCUGUGUACCACCCCGCCCCCUCAAAGAGUGGCAGUAAGCCACCUUGUCCUGGGUCCCCAUGCAUUAAACUGGCGUGUGGGGCCCUUUUCCCCCAGUUCUCCCCUACUACCCUUUGAAGGAGUCAGUCUACACUGGAAAGGCUUGAGGUGAGGACGGAUGCCCUUCCCCUCCUUCCCCCCCUCCCCACAGAAACCAGCAUUCACCAUCUCCCAUUGGACUGCUCUCAGAGCAUUUCCACCCUUCUGGCCUGCCUCAGCCCUCUGUGGCUCCCAAAAGAACCACCACUGUCCCUGUCCCUGUUGGCACCCCUCCCACACAUACAUAUUCAAGCUCACCUCAGGGAUAUGGGCUGGGCCCAUGUAUAGAAGUGUGAGGGGCCUGGAUGCUUGGAUUUGUCCUGGAAGUGGAGCCCCUAGGGAGGGGCACCUGCAGGGCCAAAGGGCCACUCCUUUCUCUGCUAUGCCCCCCUGAAACACACACAGAGAUCCCUGAAGCAAAAGGAACUUUAUUGGUUUUAUGUACCCCAGUGGCCUGCUUAGCUGGUCUGUAUUUGUUGCCUUACCUUUAUUUUUCUAAAUAAAGUAUGAUUGAUGGUUCUGUGAAAAAAA